CGCAAUUGCGCUUUGAAUUCGAGACACCUCCUCUGCCAAAUCUAGGGUUAGGGUUCGAUCAGAUCAAGACAUGAGUUCGGCCGGUGGUACGACUAAGGGUGGCAGAGGCAAGCCCAAGGCCUCUAAGUCAGUAUCAAGGUCGCAGAAGGCCGGCCUUCAGUUCCCUGUCGGAAGGAUCGCUCGCUUCCUCAAGGCUGGCAAGUACGCCGAGCGGGUCGGUGCUGGGGCUCCUGUCUAUCUCUCCGCUGUUCUCGAGUAUCUUGCUGCUGAGGUAUUGGAGCUCGCGGGUAACGCUGCCAGAGACAAUAAGAAGAACCGUAUCGUUCCGAGGCACAUCCAGCUUGCAGUGAGGAAUGACGAGGAGCUCAGCAAGCUUUUGGGGUCUGUAACCAUUGCCAAUGGAGGCGUCUUACCCAAUAUCCACCAGACUUUGCUUCCUAAGAAGGUGGGCCAAGGGAAGGGCGAUAUUGGAUCUGCUUCUCAAGAAUUCUAGGGUUUAGGUUUCUUUUCGUUCCCUCAAUUUAUCGUAGUUAUAAGGCACAUGUUUGGUUGGCUUUUCUAUAAUACAUAGCCUGUAGUAAAAUUAAACUCAAUGAACAGGUUAAUCCUUCUGCGUAGUCUUUGAUUUUCAA